CUCACCGGAAGCUUAUUCUUACUUUAAAUGUUCGUAAGCUUUUUGUUUAUAUUACUGGAGCACUUUAUUACCCACCAUGUUCCGAGUUGGAAAUUUUAGAAACUUACCUUAUUUUUGUUUACAAUUUUAUAGAAAACAAGAUAAAAUACUCCACAGAAAGAAUUGCUCUGCAUUAAAGGAAGUCAAGAAUUUUCCAAAGCAGAUUAUGGUAUCUGUUGAAGGAAAUAUUGGCUGUGGGAAGACAACAUUGCUGAAUUAUUUUGACCAGUUUGAUAAUGUUGAGACAAUGCAAGAACCAAUAGAGCAAUGGAUAAAUGUUGAUGGCCAUAAUUCUUUGGAACAACUGUAUCAAGAUCCGUCACGGUGGAGUUUCACGUUUAACAGCCAUGCAUUACUGACCCGAGUUGACUUGCAUACCAGGCCUCAAACUAAAACUGUCAGGAUGCUUGAACGCUCAGUGUUUAGCACUUACCAUUGCUUUAUCAGAAACAAUUUUUUAAGUAAAGAUUUAAAUGGUCUUGAAUUUGCAGUUUUAAAAAGAUGGUUCCAGUGGCUGAUACAGAAACAUAACUUAGGGUUGGACCAAAUAGUAUAUUUAAAGGCAGAUCCUCAUUUGUGCUUUGAGAGAUUGAAAAAAAGAUGUAGAAAAGAAGAAGAUCCUGUUCCAGUGUCUUUGCUAGAAAACCUUCACAAAAUCCACGAAGAGUGGCUUAUCAAACAAUCUUAUGGCCCAUUACCUGCUCCUGUUAAAGUUAUUGACACAAAUCUGCAUUUAGAAAAAUUAUUUAAUGUCUAUGAAGAGGAAAAAUCACAGAUUUUGUGCCGGGCAUUAUAAAUGCAUGCAUAAUACCCAUGUUUGAUAGUUUUGCGUCAACAUAUGAUGAUGUAAUGAGGGAUGAUAACUGAAAUCAGCCCCAGUGUGGUUUGAACACAUUGCUGAAAAGGACGAAAUACUGCAAAUUGCUUUGUUUGGAUGCAACGUGAUAGAUCUGGAUGAACGAGGGUAUGUCAUUUAUGAAGUCACAAAUGGCAACGAAAAUGCUCUUGCAGAACAACUCAUUGAAUGAUUGACCAAUGAUUAAUCAAGCAUUUGAUUAGUCAAUUGGUUAAUUAGUGAACUAGUUGACUGAUAAUAA